UGGGAGCAGUGGGAGUUGGGAGUUUGAAUUGUCAUUGAGCGAACAGUGAUAUGUCGUGGUGGAGUAUUCAUUGUUGAAACAAUGGUUGCAAUAAUUAAAACAAAAAAUCAAAGUGUAAAGCUUGAUACAUUUUCGUGCAGUGCAAAUGGUAAAAUCCUCCCAAGUGUUUGAUCAAGACAGACUUUACAGACAUGCAUCACACGAAUCUAUCUAAAACUGCGCAAAAAUAAGUUUUAUCUUAUCGCUACAAAUUUUCCCAAACGAAGUUCAUAGAAUCGGUGUCGACACGAAAACAGUAUUGAUAGUCAACAAUCUCAUCAUAACAUGAGAUUAAAACAAAAAAAGAAAAAAAAUGUAUUCGUUGCGUAAGUUGGAAAUUGAGACAAAACCAUUCGUAUAAAAUACACUGUCAGUGUAUUUUAUGCUACCGAUCUGUAUGUCAGUUCAGAAACAGCGAAGAUUUUCUCGUGAAACAUUAUAAAAAACACAUGAACAUAAUGAAGCUCAACGUUGUUAUUUUUCUUGUAAUCGUCGCAUUAGCCGUUGGAAUUACAGCCAGACCUCGUACUCACGCUGGGCAUCAUCUUCAUCCUAUGAAAAUAAAUCAUCAUCAUCCGAUCCGAUCGCGAGCCAUACAAAAGAAUCUCGAGCACAAACCAACACCUAAUCCUUACCGACGCUUUUCACGUGAUGUUGAAACUAAAACUACAGAUGCUCCAAAUUUAAUUCAUGUGCCACUGGGACCAAAUAGGUGUCAGAAGAAACAUGAAGAAGUUCGAGUGCACUCGAAUCCAAUACGAGUGGUAUCCGUGAAUCAUCGCAAUUAAAAUGUAAUUGAAGGUUAUGUGUCACUUUGAUCAUCAAUAAAAGCCCAUGUGAUCGAGAAAUCAA